CACAAGCCUGUAUGUAACUCACCCUCGGAGUUUGAUCAGCAACACGUGACUACGGAGGGCCCUCCAAGCGAGUUUAUAAGAGUGGUUGAGGCAAGUGGCUGGUUUGGGAAUCACUGCUAAUAUUGCUUACUCACAAUUAAUAUAAUAAUUUUGACAUUUAUAAUAAAUUAGAGCAACUGCAAUCAAAAAUGAUUAGAAUAGCGAUGGGACACGCAAAGAAGCAUCCAGGGCUCAUCCCCCAGUUCCUUGUCGUCUUGUUGGGAAUAGGAGGAGCCUCUAUGUACUUGUUCCGUCUUGCAAAUGGGCCCCAUGUUAACUGGAACAAGAAGAACAACCCUGAGCCCUGGAAUCAACUUGACCCUACCUACCAGUACAAGUUUGUGGCCAUAGGCACAGACUACAAGAACCUGAAGAAGGAGGGACCUCAAUUCUGAGAAUCCUUCCUCCUAUCCAAAUGGCACAAGGUCCAGCCCACCUUACUGCAGUCAAUGUAAAAAGCCUUCAGUCAUAUUGUUCCUAUCAGACAUGUGUGUUACUGCUGCUAUGCACGUGUUAAACUGCUGUUGGUAGUGGGAAAAUAAAGCUAACGAAAUGUGAAUGCUGAAGAUCCGUCUAGUGACGCCAGCCUGGCAUGUUGAUUCAAAAUUGUCUUGUUUGAUUUGUUUCAAUAUUUCAAAAAGAGCUGUGAAUUUUGAUAAAGUUAUAUUGUACUGUAUGAGUUAUGGAUUUUUUUUGUUACAGGGAAACUGUUAUUCUGUCCGUUUUGAUGUGAGGUGACUGGUUUAGAGAUUGCGUGUGAUGUUUUAUGCCUUUUUGGUGAAAUGUUUUGGGCCAUGCAAAGUGAUGUUAAUUAUAGACGUAGGGCUACUGAUAUUUGCCGCUCUGGAAAGAAUACAAGUUUGGUUGAAACCCAUGUUAAUGGCGACAUUGUAAAUCUAGCUCCUGACAACCUCCAGUUUGUCAGUGUAUUUGUAUGCAUUUAGACUUACUAUUUUGUAUUGGUUUUUACAUUGAAUACUUCUAAUAUGUAGCCUCUGCCAUUUGUAUUCUUAUUGCUUAACUGUAAUAAACCGGAUUACUUUUAAUUUGA